AUGAUGUGCAAUAGGAAGCAGUGCUCUGGAGGGUAUCCACUUCGUAUAUGCCCUAAGGAGAAGGGGGAUGUUGGGAUGAAGGACUCGCUUGACGAGAGCUCACCAGAGCCCGAAGAGCCCCAGGAGCGACCAGCAUUCAAAGUGGAAGAGUCGGAGUUCAAUCCAGACUUCAUCCGGCACAUGUUGGACAAGCUUGAGUGGGAUGCUCUUGUGGCUACCCUUCCUCAAUGCGAAGGCUUGACACAAUCAUUGCCGCCUAGUUACACGGAUAGUGAUAAGGAGGAUGAGAACUUCUUGAAGGCUGUCCAUGACGUAAUAAUAGACUAUCACAUCUUGGAGGCGGACCUGAAGUGCCCUAAGUGCGAUAGAGUGUAUCCUAUAACGAAGGGCAUCCCCAAUAUGCUCCUACAGGAUGACGAGGUAUAA